CCAAAGCCGAACAAAGACGAAGACUAUUGAUUUUUCUCACGACAGUUAAUGCCCGAAAGAACGUUUUAUCAUGCCUGUGCAGCUUGUGACACACUACCUAUAGCAGACAGGUGCGCGGACGGUGAAACAAGGCAAACAGUUGAACAUCAUCAAGGUAAAGGAAUGAUUCUCGGCAGUUUCUUCUUGGCUGGUGCUGGAGGACGGACUUUCUCUGGUCUAUUGCAUUUUCGUUGACUGGAUUAUUCCCACAGUACACUGUAGAACGUCAUUCUUUGAAGUACAAGAGAAUUUUCCCGAUGCAUUUCUGUGGCCAAGGAAUCAUGUGCACCAAAUUCAAAGUUUUCCUACUGACGAUGGUGUUCAGCGUCAGCAGCACGCUCUUCUUUGUGUACAUCUUCGAGAGGAGUGACCGGGCCCCGUACUCCCUUCACGACCUGCUGAAGAAAUCGCAGAGGUCGAUGACCGGGCGUUUCCAACUGGCUGCCAAGGGAACAGUAGAUGCGGCAGCGAUGCACAGGUUAAUAUCGUCUUUCUAUUCAAAUGCAGACCAGAAUCGCACUGAAGUUGUUAAUUCGUCCGCCUCAUCAAAAGGAGGAGGCAAGAAAAAAUUACAAGCUGGAAAUUGGAAAGUGACCGACAGCAGUGGUUCGAAAUCGGUAAAUGAAUCAAUUCAGGAGGAUGUCGGGCCUCCAUCUUCUCAAGAACGAAUAAACAAAAGUGGGGCCGACACAGAAAUGAAAUUCGAUCUAGGGAAAUCUAAAGAGUCGUCUGUACCAGGUAAAGAAGUUGACAGUGGGAGAGUUGAAGGGACAACAGACUUGAAACAGCUCACAAAAGAUAGUAACCAAACCAACAAGGCCACAUCUUCACCAGACAGUAAACUACCUCUCGGAAAUAAAUCAUGGACGGGAGGAAACCAGAAGCUGAAGGCGAGUAACAAACCAGACUCAAAGACGCCCGAAUUGCAGAUACAUCGAGAUGGAGAUAAGAAUGGCUCAGAGGGCAAACUAGUGUUGAACAAGUCCGUGGCUUCUUCGAUGAAAUGGGAAAAGAACAACACCGCUGGUGUUCAUCUGACUCACCAUUCUACCAACGGGAUUGUCAACGGCCAAAUCAGGCCAGCUCAGGGCAAAAACGCUGGCAGUGGGAAAUGGGCCGGGGAAAAGAAACAAGAUGGUGGCUUCAAAAAAGAGACCCCAAAAGAGGUGCUUUCCUCUGACAAAACGAAUCCACUGAAAACCCGGAAAGAUGCUUCCAAGGUGGUGGACUUUCAAAGGAGAUGGGAUGCAAAUAAGGGCGACGGAAGAAAACCUAAGACAGCGCAGAAGACUAACCAAAAGCCUCUUUGGGCGAAUGGUAAGGAGACUAACAACGCUGCACAGUUUUCGGGUGUCAAGAAGGCGCCUGAAGAUAAAUGGAAGAAAGAACACAAUAUGAACGUAGAGGCAAAGAAUAGAGGCGACCCCAUCAAAGUUGCACCAGUCCCUCAACAGGGGAAAAAAAGCAACGACAACAGCGGCAAACCAACGAUAGAUCAGAAACAGGUAACGCAAAAUCAUUGGAAACCACCCCCCAUGCAAGAAUGGAAGAAGCCUGGUCCUGCCAAAUUAUCGGGGCAGCUUCCGAAGACGGUAAAGGGUAAUGAAAACCAGAGGGCUAAACCUGCACCUCCGCUGAAACAAGGGGCUAAAGCUGGUAUAGAUACAUCUGUUGCCAGAAACGAGAGGGACAAACAGGUGCGUGGCAACUGGAAUAAAGCGGGAGAUAAAAAUGCAGUUCAAGAUAGGAAAUUGAAACAAGAGGCUCCAAAAUCAUCGGGAUACGUGAAUGGAAGUGAAAAUUCCUCGCCUCCAAAAAUUUCUAACAGUGGAAAUAAAGUUCCUGGCAGUGGACCUCUGUUGGCUGUUGGAGGGAACACAAAAUUAGUUUCGAAGAAUGAUCCAGUCAAUGGAGCUGGUAACCCAAUGAUGACACAUGACUUCGGUCUCGUUUUGAAUGAACCUUUAGCCUGCAAGAAAGCUGACGGCAGCAACAAAGCCGUAUUCUUAUUGGUUCUGGUCGUCACGACACACGGGAAUAGCGACGCUCGGCAGACCAUCCGAGAAACCUGGGCCAGCCCAGGGGAUGUGAUGGGAAAGGCGAUCGUCACCUUGUUCAUGCUGGGCCAAAGCAUAAAUAGGACUCUCAAUGAGCUCCUCAAAAGUGAGAGCGACAAAUAUCACGACAUUCUUGUGGAGGACUUUAUAGACAGUUACAGAAAUCUCACCCUAAAGACAAUGAUGGGCCUGAAGUGGAUGGGAGAAUACUGCCCUCAAGCGUCGUAUGUCAUGAAAACAGACGACGACAUGUACAUUAAUCGGGAGAACCUGUUGAGUCUCCUAACGAGUCCAGCGACCCCUACAAAACGGUUCGUGACUGGGCACGUCUUUGGGGGAAUGCCACCGAUCCGGAUCAGCACGCAGAAGAACUACAUGCCGGUGGAAAUUUACGGGGAGCCAAAAUACCCUCCCUACUGCGCAGGCGCAGCCUACGUCAUGUCAGGUGACGUCCCCACCCUGGUGUUCAACGUGGCUACCCUCAUUCCAAAAUAUGUUCACAUCGAAGACGUGCUGGUUGGGAUUUGUUUGAGAAAGCUCGGCAUCAAACCGAUUCAAAACAAUGGGUUCCGGCACAACGCAAUGCCUUUCGUCCCGUACUCCUUUUGCAAUUACCAAAACGUUAUCACUAUGCAUGGAGCAACAAUACAAAACAUGCUUUCCAUUUGGAAUGGCCAAAAGGCCGAUCGUCAAAGUAAACAAAAUAAGCAAUGCUGAAUGUAUUGAACUAAGUAGCCACCAGAACCCACACUAAGCAAGAAAAAGCACGCUGUAGUCUCUGCGCCGAUUAUGAGACCCGGCCAGCGGCCGACACUGACACGUAUGAUUAAUGAUCAACAUUCAAAAGAUGCGUUCAAAAUGUUGUGAUAUAAUUUAAUCGAAAUCUGCCAUCUUUAAAGUCGAUUAACAGCAAACAACUUGGUAAAACAAACCUAACCUGCCAUGGGUAUUUGUGAUGUACAAUACCUCACUUUGUACGGUUAUAUCAAAGCAAGUGGAAUUGUAUUGUGUGAUACCUUCGUUGUUCAGAAUGCAGCUUAAAAAAAUGAAAACCUCUUGGGGACCGAAGACUCCAAGCGUCCCAUCCCCUUUCCGUAGCAGAUGACGUCCACAGUCGAGACUCUACUGGCACGCUACACAUGGUGGACAGCGUUUUGUAAUUUAAUUUGUAAAUAAUUUAUCAUUAACUUGUGAUAAGACCUCUUGAAAGGUGGUCAGAACAGAAGGAAAGAAAUACGUGUACCUCU